AGCAAUGGCGCGGCUCUCCUCCAUACUUCAUCCGCGCUGGUCCGCGAGAUACGUCUGCUGUUCGAUCUUCGCCCUUUACUUUCUCUACUGCACGGUCUUCUCAAUGCCUUUGCUCAGCUCAAAGCUUCCCAAGCCUUCCGGACAGUUUGACGUCGGAACAAUAGACAUUGAAGCGCUCUGCGAACGACGACGGAUCGAUGAUUUUGUAUUCAAAGCAACGGGCAGGCCGGCCUUCGAAAUCGAGACGGUGCUAUUCGCCCUCUACUAUCCCGCCGUGAAGGAUGCGCCCUCACGAGGGCCGCAGCACAGUUGGGUUCCGAAGCCCAUUUCAUUGACUGGAGAGGGAUAUGCACGAUUCGCAAAGAUGAGCAAUUGGCUUACGGACAAUGUCUUCACAUUUGGGCUGUGGAUGCUCGCUGGAUCAACAAUCAUUCCAAUAGAGGUUGACUCUCCGCUACAUGGUACGGUCAAGAACUACCGUGACUACGAGACAGAGCACCCGCUGGACGACUAUGGUUUGCCAGAGUUCCCAGUCAUCGUCAUGUCACAUGGCAUGGCAAGUUCGAGAAUGCAGUACUCGCAAUACUGCUCCGAGCUUGCCUCUCGCGGGUUCAUCGUUGCAGCAGUCGAGCACCGAGAUGGCUCCGGACCAGGGACCACGAUCAUGACACCGGAUGGCAAGUCGAGAGACGUCUUCCACUACGAGGCGGGCGAGCUCGAGCCGACACCAGACACACCGAAAUACAAAGAGUUGCAAUUGGCGUUCCGGCAGGCAGAGGUUGAAGAGACGGCGAGAGUGCUACACAUGCUCAACGAUGGGCGAGGUGCAGAAGUGUUUCGGAACAAUCCUCGCAAGGAGGGAAUAGACCUCGCAGAAUGGAGAGGAAGACUGAACACAAAGCGCAUGGUCAUUGCGGGACACAGCUACGGAGCUACGUUGGCGCUACAAGCAUUGAAAGGAGCACCCUCAGAACGAUUGCCGUUCGUUGGAGGCGUGAUCUUGGACCCAGGCAAGCAAUCUGGACCUUUGAACGACGACAUUGACGUGCCGGUCGUGGUUGUGCACUCUCAGUCCUGGUCAGCGAAGCACUCAAUAUUCCAAGGCAGACCACACUUCGAGGUUGUCAAGGACCUCGUGCGCAAAAUCAUCGACGAGAAGAAGAAGUACGCCUGGUUCGUCACGGCAAAGGAGACCUCUCAUCCCUCAGUCACAGACGCUCCUCUCAUCGAGCCAUUGUUGUUGGCUUGGACGACGGGAUCUACCAUUGACGCUCGACAAGGUGUGCUGCAGUAUGUGAAGAUCACGGAACAAUUUCUUCAUUUUCUCGAGACUGGAGAUCGAAAGUCGAUAUUAAAAGAGGAGAUAUCGCACCCAGAGUAUGACGAGAGCAGUCGGCCCUUUAGAGGCAAGAUUGCCAAAUAUUGGCAAAUACACAUGAGUCCGUCGCCAGCGUGCCCAGCUCCUGGCUACUGCGGGCUGGAUGAUAGCGACUGACCGGGCAAUAAUCUGCUCUGUGCAGCAGUCGACGGGCGCCGCUGUCGGACGGCCAAACGACGGAUGGCUUCGAGUGCAAAGCCAUGGCUGAUGUGGUUACGAAGACAUGAUUUGAUUUCAAGCGCAAACAGGACACAGGCAAUGGCACGGAACAGUAUGCUAGGCGUUACUUCUCCAAGUUUGGAGCUCAGUGUGCACUUUGUUUGUACCAUAGAAAUCCCAUAGGAAUGAGGCUUGUAAUAAAGCUUUUCUUGCUAG